AUGGAUCCUCCCGAAAAUAAAACUCGCUCAACCAAAUCACAUUUUUGCUAUGAUGAGAAUAUAAAAAAAACAAAAACCAAAAAAAAAAUCUUAAGCUGUAAAAAUCAAAUCAAAUCAAAUCAUAUCUAUCUAUCUAUCUAUCUAUCUAUCUAUCUAUCUAUCUAUCUAUCUAUCUAUCUAUCUAUCUAUCACAUUGUUCCUAUCUAUCAACUACUACUCAAAGCUAACAAGAUGAAGAUAUCAUUUUUAGAUUCCUUUUUAAGCCGCCCCAAUGCUUGCCGAAAUUACAACAAUGAUGGCGAAUGUAUUGAGGAAUGUCCGUCGACGAGAUCCAACCGGAGGCGACCAAAAGAUCAACUGUUCACUCAAAAUAAGUUUACAUUUGAUGAUGUGUGUGUCAAUGAAUGCCCAGAUUACACGUACCAAUACGAAGAUACGUGCGUCUUGUCCUGUCCUCGUGGAACGACACCGAUGAAGAUUAAUCCACUUUCUGCUCGGGUUUGUACCAGGUGCAAAAAAUGCGCAAAAGAAUGUGUCUUUGAGGAAGACUUCGUCCACGCGGGUAACAUUGAUUUAUUAAAGGAUUGUGUCAUUGUCAAGGGUCACCUGGCCAUUGUAAAAGCAACAUUUCAAGGAGACAGGUAUCACAAAGUGCCACCGAUGAGUCCGAGUCGAUUAGAUGUACUGAAAUCCAUCAAGGAGAUCACCCAGUUUCUGUAUGUAUCAGAUACACCAGCCAGUGUCACCAGUCUGAGGAUGUUGAGGAACUUACAGAUUAUUGACGGACAAAAAACAUUGAAUGGUUACGCUCUUGCAGUCGUUUUCUGUAAAAGCUUGCAAUCCCUCGGCCUAAACUCUCUUCGGCAUAUUUAUAGAGGCAACGUCAUGAUACGGAAAAACCCGAACUUGUGUUACGCCCACACAAUCAAUAUGACACACAUGUUUUCAACGUAUGAACAGAAGACAGUUAUUAAAGACAACAAAGACAGAAUUGCUUGUCGAAGCACUGGUCAGGUUUGUGACUAUCAAUGUAAACUUAGCGGAUGUUGGGGUCCUGAUGCCGAAGAUUGCAUUGAAUGUAUCAACUACAGAGUUGAAGAAACCGGCAAAUGUGUUCCAUCUUGUUGGAACGUUAGUAUGGUGUUUGACAGCGGCAUGAACACCUGUAAACCCUGUCACGAGGAGUGUGAGAACGGAUGCACUGGAUCUGGACCCAAUCAAUGCUUCUCUUGCCUGAAUGUCAAAGUACGCAAGUUUCUAUUUAUAUUUAUGUCUGCCUGUUUCUUUCUUUCUUUCUUUCUUUCUUUCUUUCAAACUGUUUAUAUCUUUGUACAUCUCUCUUUUUGCUUUAUCUAUCUAUCUAUCUAUCUAUCUAUCUAUCUAUCUAUCUAUCUGUUAGGGUGCGCCACGUAA